GACCUCUGCGGCUGCCUCACCUAGCCCAUUGUUUGACUGCCAUGGAUUAAAGCGAAAAGGCAAUAGCAAUAUAAGGCAUAUGGAAGGCAGCAGUGGCACCCUUCCUUCCUACCUCCUCCAGUAUUCGUAAGGAAGCACAGAAAAUCUAGACAUACAUUGAACACAGCAGCUGCAAGGCAGCAUCUAGGCAUCCUUGGAAAUGACUGCAGCAAACAAGAGGUCUGGGGGACUUUGAAAUAGGCGUGGAGGAAGGGUGUAAGUGGUAGGGAUAUUUUUUUUUUUUCUUUUGGCUCUCAGCCUUUAGGUUUAUCUGUCCCAGCUGCAUUCCUCAGCUAUGCAGCUCCUUUGCAAAAGCUUGAUGUCAUUCAGAAAAACCUCCUGCCAAAUGGAAAGAGUGUGCUUGCAAGCACGGUCUUGAAGAGAGCAGAGCAGUUCCUUUCAGGCUGUGUACUGGCUAACCCAUCCGUGGAUUUCCACAGGCACGUCUGUUCCUCAGUUUGCUGAAGAGCCAUGGUUUGUGCAAGGAAAGCGCAGCGUAUUCUCUUUAUUUAAUGCUCCAUGUAACCACAGUUUGCUAAGCCACUUCACUUUAUCAAUUGUCAACCUGGAGAAUUUGGCAGAAGGGCCAUUUGACUAGAUGUUUCCAGCACAAAUCCGAGCAAAGGAGCAUCGUACAGAAGGAGAAAAAUGAACAGCUGCAGCUCUCUGUGCCUGUGUAGGCUGAAUGUAUGGAAGAUGGGAACUUACUCAGGUUAGAAGGGCCAAAGUAUGUGUGUACCAACGAUUGCCAGCAGCUAUGAGGACACAUGCUUCAAUCUGAUUCACACCAAAGCAUUUACGGCGAGCGUCUUUCUAUUUUUAAAUCUAUUUCAUGAUUUUGUACUUCUUUUCACCUGGAUAACAAAGCAGACACUCUGCAUACUUGUCAGCAUUGACUCUUCAUUUGCUUUCUAGUAGUUUUUACUUUUUUUUGUUGCAAUACCGGAGAAUGGAGUACCUUGGAGAUAAGUUGACAGUGGCACAUACACAUAUGAACCAGUGGAUGGGGACGAUGAGGAGGUCCUUGCAGGAAGCUUUCAGUUUAGUUACGACUGCUGUAACACAAGAAAGAACUAGCAUAGAAGCCAGCAGCAGAAACCCUUUCAAACGCACAUCGUCCUUCCGACACUUUGCUUCCCGGAGCCGAGAGUCUUUCCGCAGGUUUUCAGUCAGAAGUCAGCAGAGGUUUUCUUCUUUGAGGAAAAGACACACAGUUCCAGAACAAGCCGACCCUGACCAUGUAAAGCAGUGUUUCUCAAGAUCCUCUACAAGCAACAAGGACACAGACUCACUUGUGCAAGAUCCUGACCGACAGUAUGGAACAUGGAGCCAGGAUAAACAGCAGACUGAGGACAGCUGUGUUACUGAUUCGCCAUCAUAUGAUAACAGCAGCCGUAAGCAGCAUUCACACAGUCGCCUCUCCUCACUGUCCCAUACUGAAACAGACCAGCAUGACUCUAUCAAUGAAGCUCGGGACGGCAGUCUGGACCGAUGUAGCAUGGAUUUGGAUUCCACAGAAGGCACUGAAAGCACACCUUCUGAAGCCAAAUCAGUUGACUUCUCAUUCAUCGAUCAAACCUCAGUCUUAGAUUCAACAGCCCUGAAGAACAGAGUCCAGUUAAGUCGGAAGAGCCAGCGACGUGCGCCAACCCAGUUACAGCGCAGAAGUCGGUUGUUGCAAUCAAGCAGCCAGCUAGCUGUGAUUGAGGACACUGACAACCUUUGGAUGUACACUGAUUCUACAGAAGAGAAGCCAGAAAAAAAGGAAGAGGUUGAAGAAGAGGAGGAAAAACCCCAGAGGUCCUCUGUUCAUUCACCCCGAAUGCCAAUGUUCCCUGGAAUGGACCAUUCAACUCUGAUGGCACAGCUUCGGAAAAGGCAAGAUGCUGAAAGCAGUACCGAAUCUUCACCCCAAGUUUCAAAGUCGCCAAAAUCACCUCUACCACAUGGAACACUGGGCGUCAAACUUCUGCCAACCUCCGCAGACAAGCAAGAAAAAUCUGCAGGAGAAUCUCCCCAGUGGUUAAAAGAGCUGAAAUCAAAGAAGAGACAGAGCCAAUAUGAAAACCACAGUUAACAGACCAACACUCAACCAGAGUGAACACAGCAGUUUAAAUAAGCCUUAAUCCAGCCAGCCGUACAGAUGCACACCCUUCUACUGUCUUGCUUCAUCUCAGCUGCGACGUGUUCUGUGCCUUCCCAUUUUUGCAGAGAAAAUAAAGCUGCUUAGUACUUACACAGAUACAAAAAUACAUGUAUUUUAUUGUAGAGAAGAGAAAAGUCACUUUAAAACUUAAAAAGGAUAUCUACUUGAAACAGAGCUGUACAAAAAGCCAAAGGUCAUGCCUCCUGAUGACCUUUUGACACAGAGGGAUUCAGGACAGUGGCCACUAGCGCCUGUCUGUGGAACGAAUGUGAAAAACCUGAUGUGUAUGGAUAGCCCAGUAUAGAACGAGUGUGGGAAAUAAAGACUGACUUUUAUAUUUGUUUAUG